AUGUCAAUCCGCUCCGAACGGGAAAAACACUCCUCCGACGAGGAAUCCCCCUCCCCUUCUCCCCCCUCGCUCCCCAUCUUACCCCCCAACACCUCCGACCGCCUCCUAACCCUCCGUAUCGACACCCACAUCCUCCCCUUCGUCAUAACCCUCUACCUCCUGGCCUUUCUCGACCGUGUCAACAUCGCCAACGCGCGAGCCUUCGGCCUCGAGUCCGACCUCCACAUGACCGGCCGCUACGACUACAACACCGCGUUGACCAUCUUCUUCAUCCCCUACAUCCUGUUCGAGGUGCCCUCCAAUAUCCUCCUGAAAAAACUCAGUCCGAGGGUGUGGUUGAGUGCAUGUUGCAUCGGCUUUGGUGUCGUGACCGUGUGUCAGGGGUUUUGUAGGAACUUUGGCGGACUGCUGGCGGCGAGGUUUUUCCUCGGGAAAUGGCUCUCCCCAUCAGAACUCUCCUACCUCCAAGCGAAACUCGCCCUCGACCAAGGCCCCUCUGCUGCCGAAAAACGCAUCACCCCUCGAGACGUUCUCCGCGUCCUAACCGACUACAAGGUCUGGCUUGGCGGCCUCAUGUACCUAGGCCUCAUCGUACCCGCCUACUCCUAUGCCUUCUUCGCCCCGACCAUCAUCCAAGCGUACAACUCGUCCAGCGCAAUCGAGACACAACUGCGAUCUGUCCCGCCCUGGGCAUGCGCGUUUGGACUGGCGAUGAUUGUAGCCAUCGCGUCGGACAAGGCGAGGCACCGGUUCGCCUUUACCGUGACGCCCAUUUUGUUGAGCGUAGCCGGGUUUGGGGUGCUGUUCAGUGUGUUUGACAAGCUGGAUGUGCAGUAUGCGGCGUUGUUUUUGAUUUGCAUGGGGACGUACGCGGCUAUGCCGGUGAUUGUGUGCUGGUUUAAUAUGAAUUUGGGUGGGCAUCAUAGACGCGCGGUGGGGAGUGCCUGGCAAGUUGCCUUCGGCAAUAUCGGCGGCAUCAUCUCAACCUACUCCUUCCUCAAAGAGGACGCUCCACGUUUCACCAAGGGCUACGCGAUAUGCGUGGGCUUCAUCUCGCUGAGCGUGGUGUCGUGUGUGGCCUACGAGUUGGCCGUGGCGUGGGAGAACCGCAAGAAAGAAAAGAUCCUCCGGGAGGGAGAACUCAACCUGACGGAGGAGGAGAAGACGGCUUUGGGGGAUCUGAGUCCGGAGUUCAAGUAUAUGCUUUAG